UAAUUCUGUUUCUGCCUGCAUUCCUGACCACCACAAUGCCGAUACAUUUACAUUACUUGCUUUCUACAGUUUUCAGCAGGCUAAACUGAUUGUACUCCAGAAAAGCUGAGAAUUAUUUCACCACCUUCAUAAUAAUUAUUACAGCGCUGAAAAGGCUUUUCAUAUCAACAAGGAAUUGUACAAAAAUGCUGGCAUCCAAAGGACCGAUGCUCUUUUUGAUGUUGGUUAGCCUCCGGUGGACCAGAAAUAACUGUAUUGAUGUAAAUCUUUCCACACUUUCUAUACACAGCUUAAAUAGCACCACUAUGAGUCCAUCCACAUUUAUUGCGACUUCUGGCAUAACUCCAUCUAUAACUCUUACAUCACCAACAGCCACUACUGAGAGCAUAACAAAAAAUACAGGGAUGCAAAAUAGCACUCAAAGUAAUGGCAUAAAUUCAACAACUAUGCAUAAACUGAAUUUCACUAAAGGUGACAAUCACUCAUCUACAAGAAUCAAUAGAACACCACCUCCAUCAGAUAUACCCACAACCAGCAAUUAUUUGUCAUUAAUACUCCCUAAAAGUGCUGAAGCCACAACUCAUGCGACAUCAACAGAAACCAGAUCAAAUAAUUACACCACAGCAUCCUAUAAUGGCAAUUUUAACUCCAUGGUGUCCUCUAACAAAACUUAUGUGGAUUACACAACAGUUCAUCCCACUAAUAACCCUCUGAAUGCUUCAACUACAUUGUUGACAACUAAGAGUGCCAGCACUACAACAGACCUACGGUUAACUAUACAAACUACAAGUUGGCAGCCCAAUUUUACUGAUAGUUCUGCUGAAGCAAGAGAACAUCAAAAAGAAAAUCACACUCAUGGAGCAGUUGUAUUUGGUGCAAUUGUAGGAGCUAUGCUAGGAUCAGCAUUAAUUGGCCUAGCCGGGUACUUAAUGUGUACAAAGAGGAAAGCUGAAUCGUUUGGACAUCACAGACUUUAUGAUGAUACAAGGAAUGAUCCAGUUCUGCGAUUGGACAGUACACCUGAACCCUUUGAUGCAACUCUUGGAGAUUUGUCAUUCUACAACCCUACAGCAGCUAAUAAGACAGCACCCCAGAACAGCAAAGAAACAUCAUACGAUACAAUACCUAUGGAUGAUCUGACUUCACCACAUCCAAGAGCUUAGUACAGGCAGUCCCUAAGUUACAAAUGACUCAUAGUUAAGUACAAGGGUGAGACAACAGGAAGUGAGAGAAAUCUUCUCCAUAGUAAGGGAAAUUCACUCCUGAAAGAGUUAUUUAUCAUGGGGAAAAGGUGUCUCAACUGAAACUUUAUCAACAAUCCUUGUUUCCACAACAAGCCAUUUUUUUCAAAAUUCAAAUAUCAUAUGGACAGAAUGUGAGGUGAAGUACUCUGGACAGACAGCAGAACAAACACCACAGGGGUUUUAACCUGUCCUUAUGCUACCCAAAGAUAGAUAAAUAGAUAGACAGACAGACAGGCAGAUAUGUCAGAGCUAAUCUUAAAAAAUGAACCUAUUCCAACUUACAUACAAAAUCAACAUAAGAACAAACCUACAGAACCUAUCCUGUUAAUAACUUGGGGACUGCCUGUAUUGUGUAAGCUGUUUUAAUUUUAAAAAUUGAUAUCCAUUGAUUUGUUUGUUUUGACACAUGCCCAAGAUUGGCUUGUAACAGUUUGUAGCACCAGUCCUAUACCUGUUGAUCUGCAUGGUUUUGGAUAAUGUGUGAGAAGUUGUUUAGCUAAGGCAGAGGGAAACUACAGUGCAACAAUGGCUAAAAGGGGACAGGUGCCCUUUCCUGCUUUCAAAAAACAAACAAGAUAUUGCUUAUUAACCAUGCUAGCAAAUUCAAGGUCUAUGUUUACAGAGUGUAUACUUCAUAUUACCAGAUGCUGGACAUCUGUGCUUGCUUAGCUGUGGGAAAUAUCUGAAUGACUACUUUUGUAAGCAGAAUACAAGCGUGUUACCAUUGGCUGUUUUAAUAAAGCUAUGAAAAAAGUAAUGAAUGAAAGAGAAGAUAAAUGCUCGUCCAUUUGUACAUUUCAAAAUAAAUCAACUAACAUAUAUGGGAGAGCAAUAUUUUUGUCAUU